AUGGCCACUGCCUGCUCCUCCUCCUCCCCAUCCCGCGGAGGUGGGAACGGUUUGGAAAAACUCCCCAACUCCUCCAUCCGCGUCCUCCGCACAGUCCCCUCCCUCCGCCGCUGGCGCCGCCCCCACACCAUCGACCAACGCACCGUCGCUCUGGUCCCGACCAUGGGCGCCCUCCACGCGGGGCACCUCUCCCUCAUCCGCGCCGCCGCCCGCGCCAACCACCACGUCGUAGUCUCCAUAUACGUCAACCCGGCACAGUUCGGCGUGCGCGAGGACUUGGCUUCGUACCCGGUUACUUGGGAAGCCGACGCUGCCGCGUUGGUGAAGCUGGAUAGGGAACUGGCGGAUGAUGGAGAGAAUCUGGGGCGGAUUAGCGCGGUGUUUGUUCCGGGCACGGGGGAGAUGUACCCCGCGGGGUUUCCGGGGCAGGAGGUGGGGAGUAAGGGGAGUUUUGUGACGAUUACGCCGGUGGGGGAGUUGUUGGAGGGGAGGACGCGGCCGACGUUUUUUCGGGGGGUCGCGACGGUGUGUAUGAAGUUGUUUAAUAUUGUGCAGCCGGAGAAGGUGUAUUUUGGGCAGAAGGAUGUGCAGCAGACGGUGGUGAUUCGGAGUUUGUUGAGGGACUUUAUGUUGCCGAUUGAGUUGGUCGUGGAACCGACGACAAGGGCAGAGGAUGGGUUGGCGUUGAGCUCGAGGAAUGUUUAUCUGGGGGCAAGAAGACGGGCAGUUGCUACGGUACUGUAUAGGGCGUUGCGGGCUGCGGAGGAUGCGUACAAGAACGGAGCGCAGGGCCGCAUGACUAUGUUGGGGAAUGCAAACAGCAUCUUGAGGCAUGUCGCGCACGAACAGAAGGCGCUGGGCCCAGACAAGGGGGUGCGGUUUGAGGUUGACUACAUCUCGCUCGCCGACCCGGACACGAUGCAGGAAGUUAAUGUGGUGGAUCCUGCAAAGGGGGCUAUCCUCAGUGGCGCAAUCAAGAUGUUGCCGGUCGAAGUUCCGGUGGUAGGUGAGGACCUUGGACAUGAUGGGGGACCGGCCGUUCGCUUGAUUGACAACAUCAUCCUUCAUCCUGCUGAGUGA